AUGACCGCCAGCAAUAAACCCGUCCUCAUCAUUGGCGCUGGUGUCGUGGGCUUGACCCUGGCACAUGGCCUCAAGAACGCCAACAUUCCGUUUGAAAUCUACGAGCGCGACGAGAACAUCGAUGCCCGCGGGCAAGGAUAUGCCAUCACCUUACACUGGGUGUUGGACUAUCUGAAACAAGUUCUUGACCGAGAGACCUUUGACGCCAUAGACGGCGUCCAGGUUGAUCCAGAGGUCGGCCGCCACGACAGCGGCAACUUCAUGUUCAUCAACCUCGAGACAAAGGAAGCCAAAUUCAAGAUCCCGCCCAACCACCGCCGCCGCGUGAACCGCGAGAAGCUGCGCAAGGUGCUGCUCAAGGGCGUCGCGGACAAGGUCCACUGGAACAAGAAGUUGGCAGACAUUCAAGUAUCUAGCAAUGUCGGCGACGGGGUCACGGCCGUCUUCGCAGACGGGACUGAGGCUCAGGGGAGGAUGCUCGUCGGCGCCGAGGGCAGCAACUCUCAGACAAGAAGGUUCCUCGUGCCAGACGCCCACCAGAACUACCUGCUGCCCGUCAAGAUGAUUGGCGCUUCCGCCGACUUCACCCCCGAGCAGGUCGCGCCGCUGCGAAACAUCGACCCGCUGCUCUUCCAGGGCAGCCACCCGGCGACGGGCGUCUUUCUCUGGAUCUCCAUGCUCGAGACCCCCGAAGUAAACGGCACGGCGGGCACUGCCAACGAACGCUUCCGCGUUCAGGUCAUGCUCUCGUGGAUGGACAAGGACAGGGACGAAGCCAUCCCAGAAGCAAACCAGGACCGCAUCGCCCUGAUGAAGCGCCUGGUUGACGGCUUCCACCCGGAUCUCUACGACACCAUACAGGCCAUUCCGGAAUCCUCGUCCACCCUCCACCUCAUCCUGCAAGACUGGCCCUGCCAAGACUGGAGCAACCACGACGGCCGGGUCACUCUAGUUGGCGACGCCGCACACGCCAUGGUCAUGUAUCGCGGCGAGGCUGGCAACCACGGCAUUCUUGACGCCUGGCAUCUUCUGGGCGCGAUCAAAGCGGUGUAUGCUGGUGACAAGACUGAGGCCACGGCCGUGGCUGGAUAUGAGGCGGAAAUGAAGGAGAGGACCAAGCCUGCUGUAUUGUUGAGUCGACAGGCGUGUUUGGAUGCGCACGACUUUGACGGCUUGAAUAGCGACUCGGCGGUGCUCAAGGUGAGAGCCAUCAAGGCGGCCGCCAAGGCGUAA